UUCAAUGUGAGUUAAAAGAAACUUAGUAGCUCAAUUGUCGAUUUGUCUUGUGUGAUGUAGGCAAUGCAGCUUGAUCCUGAUGAUGCGGUCUUGUUCUCAGACAGGAGCCUUUGUUGGCUUAACAUGGGGAAUGGAAGAAAGGCUUUGCUAGAUGCUAAUAAAUGCAGAAAAAUGCGGCCUCACUGGCCAAAAGCUUGUCACCGGCAGGGUGAAGCUCUGAUGCUACUGAAGGACUAUGAGGGCGCAAGUGAACGGUUCUUGGAUGGACUCAAAUUGGACCCAGUGGACACUGAUAUCGAGGAUGCAUUACGGGAAGCUAUGAAGUCGUUGAAGACGUCUCGGAGCACGAAAGCCAAGUGACUAUUUGGGUGUUGGAGGGAAAUCAGUUGAAGACUUGAAACGGCUCAGGAGCUUCUUCAUUUGCGCAAAGACUGAUUUCCUUUAAAAAGUACUUUAGUGAUCUAAAU